AUGGCGUUCCAGUCCAUGCUCAAUGGAGCAGAAUGCUCCACCUCCAACAAUGGCCUCGCACAGAUGCUCAAGCACACCUCCCAGGACCGCUCGCUCCAACAUGGCGACCGGACCACCGCAGGUCAGCCCCACAUGGGCCCCGCCGGCAUGAGGCAGCAACAUCACGCCGGGCCCAACUCGGACGCAGAGGCCUUCUUCCGUCAACAGCAGGGCGCCUCUCUGCCCGGCACCGCCAACUCGGCGUUUGACAUGCACGCUAUGCGCAGCGAGCUCAACACCGCCAUGCCCGCCUUCCAGCGUCCCAACGCCGGCGCUGCGUGGGCCAGCCAGAUGCCCCGCAACGCCACUCCCAACUCGGCAGACAUGGAAGCCGCCUUUGCUCGAGGUGGUGCUCCGCCCGCCUCCUCCCAGUGGGCCAACCAGUUCGGAUCCUCGCGCCACCAGGGCCCCGCCAUGCACCACUCGAUGAAUGCCCCGGGCGACGGCUCCGGCUCCUCGGCAGCAUACGCCUCGCGGCCCAUGAUGGGCUCGUAUGGCGGUAUGGGCAUGGGCGGCAUGGGUGGUAUGGGCAUGAGCAUGGGCAUGGGUACGAUGGGCGGAAUGGGCGGUGGUAUGGCCACCAUGAACGCGCCCCAGCAGACCCAAUCGACUGCCUCGCGCUUCACCGAGCUCGACGAUGCCAAGUGGGAAGAGCAGUUCAAGAAGCUUGAUGCCGAGCAGGCCGAUACCGAAGCCAAGGGCAAGGGCAAAGCGAAGCAAGACGAGCCCGACCUGUUGCCCUCGGAAGCCGAACAGGCCGAAUCCAUCCGUCGCGAACUCGACGCCAUCGAGCAGGAGCUCACUGCCGACGGCCAAGAGGCCAACUCGCGCUUCGAGGAUCUGUGGCGCUCCAUGAACGCGCGCAACGGCGUGCCUCCCUCGGCGGCGGACGCCGAGCUGGCAAAGUGGGAGCAGGAGCUUCUCAACGCACGCACCGACGACGACGAGACGUUCGGCUACGCGCAUCCCUCGGGCGGUCUCGGUGGCGGCCGUCACGGCCUCGACGAGAUGGCCGCGCUUGACGGUACCGAAGAUGCGUUGCUGGAUGGGUUUGGUGUGGUGGGGCCCGACGGCUAUCCGCGUCUGGGCAACUAUCGCCGCAGCCAGCAGAACCCUUUCGAGGCACACUCGGAUCCGCUCUCCGAGGGACUGCGUCUGCUUGCCAAUGGCGGCAACCUGUCGGAUGCAGCGUUGCUGUUCGAGGCAGCUACGCAGCGCGAUACGCCCGGUGGGACGGGUGGCGAGGUGGAGCGCGGUGAGGUGGACCGCUCGCGUCGCGAACGCUCCGAGGCCUGGCGCAGGCUGGGCGAGUGCCAGGCGAUGAACGAGAAGGAGGCGCAGGCGAUCCGUGCGCUCGAGGAAGCCAUCAAGAUCGACGAAAACAACCUCGAGGCCUACAUGUCGCUCGCCAUUUCGUACACCAACGAAGGCUACGAUACGGCGGCGCACCAGACGCUCGAGCGCUACAUUUCGCGCGCUUAUCCGCACCUCAAGGCCGCUCCGUUGGCUGCCGAGAUCUUGGGGUCCAAGGAUCCGAUUGAAGGCACCACGGGCAAUCCGUGGGCGAGUUUGAACCGGGUUACCGAUCUGUUUUUGCAAGCGGCACGCGAGGGAAAUGCGGCAGGACAGGUGGAUCCCGAGGUGCAAGUGGGGCUGGGCGUGUUGUUCUAUACGCAGUCAUCGUACGAGCAGGCGCAGGACUGUUUCAACACAGCCCUCAGUGCGCGACCGAACGAUUUCUUGCUCUGGAACAGGCUAGGUGCAACGCUUGCUAACGGGGGUAAACCAGAAGAGGCGAUUGCGGCGUAUCACAAGGCGCUGGAGCUUCGCCCUACGUUUACGCGCGCGAUUUACAAUCUUUCCGUCUCGUGCCUUAACUUGGGCGCGCAUCAUGAGGCAGCGGAACAUCUGCUGGCUGCGCUUAGUUUGCAGCAGACCCAUACGUUGCCGGACGUACCCGAGGGAGAGCAGCCUGCACCUACGCCGUUGGCCGAGGCAGGCGAGAGUCACAAUCUGUGGUCGACGCUCAGGAGGAUCUUCCUGGUGAUGGAUAGGAUGGAUCUCGCACAGAAGGCCCAUGUCGGAUCGGAGCUGGCGCAAUUCCGUGGCGAGGGUUUCGAGUUUUAG